AUGGAUGCUCUUUUCUUCUUCUUCUUCUUCUUCUUCUUCUUCUUCUUCUUCUUCUUCUAUUUAUUUGCUUUUCUCUUCUAUUUAUUGUAUUCUAUUUAUUAUUUUUUUCUUUUUUUUAUUUCCGACUUUCUUUCAUUAAACAUUAUUCUUUCUUUCUUUCUUUCUUUCUUUCUUUCUUUCUUUCCUUCUUUCUUUCAUUCUUUCUUUCUUUCCUUCUUUCUUUCUUUCUUUCAGUUUUCAUUCUUUCUUUCAUUUUUUCUUCUUUCUUUCUUCUUUUCUUUCUUUUUUUUGUUCUUUCUUUCUUUCUAUUCUUUCAUUCCCUCCUGUUUUCUUUUUUUCUUUCAUAAUCCCUUUCUUUCUUUUCUUUCUUUCUUUAUUUUUUUCCUUUCUUUCUUUCAUUUCUGUUCACACAUUUCAAUCCCUUUUUUUACUUUCUAUCUUUCUUUUUUCUUUCUUUAUUUCUUUCUUUCUUUCUUUCUUUCCUCCAUCAGUUAA